AUGCACAGGGAGGAGGUGGACCUGUCGCUACGCUCGCUGGACUCGGAGAUGCUUGAUGCUGUGUGGCCGCAGGUCGAAGAGCACGCCGGCAAGCUGGUCUGCCUCUCCCUCGACAACAACCUCCUGCACCGCGUGCCCACGUCCUUGUGCCACUUCCACCAGCUGCGGUGGCUUCACCUCAACGACAAUCGCCUAGCGCAGGUGCCUGAAGCCGUGAUGGCGCUGACGCAGCUGGAGGUGCUGCACCUCCAGCACAACUGCAUCUCUUCACUGCCGCCCGCCAUCUCUUCUCUUCGCUCCCUCAGCACGCUCAGCCUCUACGCGAACAGGAUCAGCGAGCUGCCCGACGAGAUUGGCGACCUGCCCGCGCUCGAGUCGCUCCUGCUCUCCAACAACCGCCUGACCUCCCUGCCCUCGUCCAUCUACCGCCUCACCUCGCUCCAGGACCUGGCCAUCGACCACAAUCGUCUCACCUCCCUUCCGCCCGGCUCCGACUGCUGGCGCCACCGCUUUGACCGGUUGGGCCUACAACCGACUGCGGACCCUCCCCGACGGCUUCGGCACCCGCACGCUGCCCAGCCUCCAGAGCCUCUUCUUGAGCGGCAAUCGGCUGCGCUGGCUCCCCGUCGGUGUCCUCUUCACGUUCAUUCCCGGCCUAGAGCUGUUCGAGCUGCGCCACAACCCCAUCGUCCAGGGCCAGCCCUACGCUGA